AUGUGGAAUUAUUCAAGAGAGUGGAUGUACAACAGGAUCGAUCCAGACACAAAUCAUAUCUCGAAGGCAUUUUUGGAGGGGGUAGAUCAGUUCAUAGCUUUUGCAAGUAACCAGUCAUCAGCACAUAACAGUGGAGGUAGGUUUCUCUGCCCUUGUAUUAGAUGUCAAAAUGAAAAGUCAUUUCAUGCUCGUACGAUCUCAUCGCAUUUGCAUAGUAGAGGAUUCACGCCUGGAUAUUAUGUAUGGUUUGAACAUGGUGAGGAUUAUAAUGUAGUUGGGGAAGGAACGAGUAGUCAUUAUGGUAAUGUAGAUUAUACGUGGGGUGGUCAAUCAGUAGAAUUUGACGGAGGAAAUGGUGGGAAUGUAUUUGCUGGUAUGGUGAAUGAUGCAUUUCAUGGUACUACACCAUUUAAUCAGUAUCAUCAACAUGAACAUGAAAGUGGAUCUCAUGUUCAUGAAGAACCUACCCAAGAUGCAAAACGGUUUUAUGAUAUGUUAGAUGCUGCAAAUAAUCCAAUUUAUGAUGGGUGUCGGGAAGGUCAGUCAAAAUUGUCGUUGGCUGCUCGUUUCAUGAACAACAAAGUAGAUCAUAAUUUAUCUGAAACCUGCAUGGACUCAUGGGCUGAAUUAUUUACGGAGUAUUUACCAGAGGGUAAUCAGGCAACCGGUUCAUACUACGAGACAGAGUCUUUGAUGCGAAAGAUAGGAUUGCCGUACCAUACAUUUGAUGUAUGUAUAGAUAAUUGUAUGCUCUUCUGGAAAGAAGAUGCGAAGUUGGAGCAUUGCAAGUUUUGUGGAAAACCAAGGUUCAAGGACACUGAGGGAAGAAAUAGAAUACCUUUUAGUCGUAUGUGGUAUUUACCUAUUACUGACAGAUUGAAGAGAAUGUACCAAUCAGAGAAGACUGCAUCGGCGAUGAGAUGGCAUGCUGAGCAUGAUUCAGAAGACGGAGUAAUGUGUCAUCCAUCUGAUGCAGCAGAGUGGAAGAAUUUCCAAUAUCUGCAUCCUACAUUUGCAGGAGAAACAAGAAACGUUUAUCUCGGAUUAUGUACAGAUGGUUUUAAUCCUUUUGGCAUGUCCAAACACCAUUCGUUAUGGCCUAUAAUCUUGACACCAUACAACUUACCUCCGGAUAUGUGCAUGAACAGUGAGUAUUUGUUCCUAACAAUUCUGAAUUCAGGACCAAAUCAUCCAAGAGCUAGUCUUGAUGUUUUCCUCCAACCGUUGAUCGACGAGUUAAAGGAGCUAUGGUACAACGGGGUUGAAGCCUAUGAUGUUUUGUUAGAUCAAAACUUCAACCUUAAAGCUGCGCUUUUAUGGACUAUUAGCGAUUUUCCGCUGAGCUUGGAUAUGAGCAAUUCAUCUGGAGCUACGAGUGCAACAGCCAAUGUCCAACAGAGAAGAAGAGUUGUGGGUGUACCGAAGACAUGUUGGUGUGGAGCUAGUAUCGUGGCGUUGAUUUCAAAGUCCGCUGCCAAUCCAUACCGUCGUUACUAUCGGUGUGGUUAUGCUGCAUCACUUAAGCUCAUUGAUGAUAACCACAAUUUCAAAUGGGUUGACUAA